CGGCCCCGCACGAGCCAGGGAGAGCCGCAGCGCCCCGCGCGCGUUUGCAGCCGGGUUCGGGCUCAUCCUCCCACGUCCCUAUGUCACUUCCGCUCCCGGGAGAAUCAGGAACUACAUCUCCCAGCGUGACCCGGAGAUCGCUUCCGCCCUCUUCAUCUCAGGGAAGGGAGGGUUUCAGCAGCUGUUACUGCGCAUGCUCCUUUCCAGCCCCUUUCGUUUUUCCCUCCCUCCCGGCCAACGUCACUAUCGGUGCUGCCUCGGUGUGAUCCGGCCGGGGGGGCUUUCUCCUGAGCCCCCCGGCUGCAGAAUGAUGUCCAUGUUUCGCUCCAGUUCAUCCCGUCCUCUCAUUGGACAGGGGAGAGAAAUGGCUGCAGAGGAGUCAGUCCAGGGGCUGGUGACCUUCGAGGAGGUGGCUGUGUAUUUCACCAGGGAAGAAUGGGCUCUGCUGGACCCCACACAGAGAGCCUUCUACUGGGAUGUCAUGCAGGAGAACUAUGAGAAUGUGACCUCAGUGGGGUUUCCAGUUUCCCAACCUGAUGUGAUCUCCCAGCUGGAACAAGGGGAAGAGUCAUGGGUCCCAGACCUGCAGGGUUCAGAGGAAAGACAGACCCUGAGAGCUCCCUUCACAGGUGAUAUAAUGGCAUGUGAGAAAGAGGAGCAGAAUUCUCAGCAGGAAAAUGUUGAGCAAGUGGAUAAACACAGAGCAUUAUUGCAAAGAUCAAAAAGGAAUGUGUCUAGGAGUCAUGAGCAGGAAAAAUCCUGUGAGAUUCAGCACAGACCAGAAAGAGAGCAAGGAAACCAGGCAGGGGUGAAAGUGGGUAAAUGUAUUUCCUGUCCGGGAACUCAGAAGGACUUCAAGGAAACCACAACAAAGCAGGAAAUCCUCAGGGGAAAGAGAAAAAAUACAUGCACCGAGUGUGGAAAAAACGUAUGUGACUACUCAGCCCUUAUAAAGCAUCAGAGAAUCCACACAGGGAAGAGGCCCUAUGAAUGUAGUGAGUGUGGGAAAAACUUCACUAGCAACUCCGACCUUUCUAAACAUCGGAGAAUCCACACAGGGGAGAGGCCCUAUGAAUGCAGUGAGUGUGGGAAAAAAUUCACUCACAGAUCAAACCUUUUUCAUCAUCAGAGAAUCCACACAGGGGAGAGGCCCUAUAAAUGCAGUGAGUGUGGGGAAAGUUUCACUAGAAGCUCAGCCCUUUCUGCACAUCAGAGAAUCCAC